GUUUUGAUGAAAAUAGUUUAAAAGAUAUACAUUUUUUGAUAAAUUUUAUUACGCUUGUUGGCUUUAAAAUAUAACCAUUUAUUUCAUUCAUUCAUUCCUUUUUUUUUUAUAUUUAUAACAGUAUGAAAAUUUAUUUGUUAUUAUUGUUAUUAGCUUUAAUAUCUUUAUCAUAUGCUUAUAUAACAGAUAUAAAAAUUGUUUCCUGUGACUCAAAAUAUGCUUGUCCUAAUUACCCAGGAUAUCGUAAAAUUCCAAUUGAUCUAAAUCUUGGUGUAAAAGAUGCCAAGUCUAUCUUUGUUCAUUUAAAAGAAGAUCCUAAAGAAGAUCCAAUCACUGAUUUACAGAUCAUUCAGGGCAAAAACGAUACACAUAUAUCAAAUAUAUCCAAAUGGACAAAACUAAAGAUUAAUCUAAAUGAACAAAAUCACAAUGAUGAUGAUCUCUCUUCAUUAUGGUUAUAUUAUACCAAAGAUACGUCUAUUUCAAAGAAUCCAGUUACUUCAGUUAUAGUAAAACAAGGCACAAGUCCUUCAAUAUCAGCAGAAUAUAAACGAAUUUCAAUUGAUUUGAAUAAGGAUGUGGGUGGUCAGCAUCUAUUCAUGUAUUAUAGCCAGGAUGGCCCUAAAGAUCCUAUAACUGCAAUUACUGCAAAACAAUGUUUUACAAGCAAUUGCUACAUUGAAGGAUGGGAAAGAGUAGAAAAGGAUUUGAAUAAAGGAAUUAUUGUUGGUAUGAAUAUUUACCUCUUUUAUAAAAGAAGCACUACUGAGGAUCCGAUAACAGAUGUAGUAGCCAUCUUGAACGAUCAAACACCUCCUGAAGGAUAUACAAAAGUAAAUGUCAAUUUGAAUUCAAUCUUCCGUGGUGAUAGUAUUUAUUUAUGGUAUAAAACUACACCCUCUUCUGAUUUAUGCAAACAAUGGGAAAGAUGGCUUUGGUGAACCGACCUAUUUAUUUCUAAAGAAAGGAUAUCAAGAAUUGCCAAAAGUUGACCGAUUAUAUUUUGAUAAAAAUGGUGAAUUUAAGAUUUUACAGCUUGCUGAUUUGCAUUUUACAAAUAAAGAAGGCGUUUGUCGCGAUAUUCCUCUAGAUGUAAGAUAUCAUAAAAUACAAUGUUCACCAGUAGAUAAUCCUUUUU